AUGGAAAGUGGUAAAAUUCGAGAUAAUCAUAUCACAGCAUCCAGUGAAUAUAACAUAGGACACAGGGCACCAAAUGGUAGACUGAACUUCAUGGCAAACGGCGGGAGAACGGGGGCAUGGUCAUCGGGAAGAAAUGAUCGCAAUCAAUGGUUGCAAGUGGAUUUUCAACGAUCUGUCAUCAUUACAGGAAUAAGUACUCAAGGGCGAGAGGAUUGCUGUGUGCAAUUUGUCAAAAGCUACACGAUAUCUUUCGGCGACAAUGGAAUACAAUUCCAUAGUUAUAAACCUAAGGGAAUACUUAAAGUAAGCUGAAUAACGGUCCUCCUUUUAUACAUAUGAAAUUUCACUAUGUCUUUUUUACUCUUGUUUUAAUUUUAGGUAUUCGGGGGAAACAGUGACCUACACUCUAUUGUGAAUAAUAAUUUUACACCUUUAAUUGUGGCACGAUUCAUUCGCGUUCAUGCAACAGAAUGGAAUCAGCAUAUUUCUAUAAGGGCAGAGUUUUAUGGUUGCUCUUUCUGA